AUAGAUCGCACUGGUAAGGUGCGUUCCCAUUAUCUGGACUCAAAUCGCACUUUAGCCAAGCGAUUUAUCUCUGACCUACUGAAAUCACAUGGCCGAGGUGCGAUUUUAGGUCUGACCUAUUAAAAUCGCAUGGCCGAGAUGCGAUUUGUUUCUGCCAGACUAAAUCGCACCAUGGGGAUGCGAUUUUAACGUACAAACCGCACCUUGAAGGUGCGGUUUUGGUCAAUCAAUUUCCGACAUGCCAUGCAUGGCAGACAAAAAUAGCACCUCUAAGGUGCGGUUUUCAUCAUUGAUUUUGCCUAUAAAUAGCCUCCCGGACAACCACUUCUCUUCACACCUCUCCUUCUCCCUUCCCUUUUCAAUUUUCUGUUGUAGCUCUAUAUUUCUUUAGUAGUUUUGCGAUUAACGUUUACUCGUAAGUUGAUGUAGCUCUAUAUUUCUUUAGUAGUUUUGCGAUUAACGUUUACUCGUAAGUUGAUGUAGCUCUAUAUUUCUUUAGUAGUGUUGCGAUUCACAUUAACUCGUAAGUUGAUGUAGCUCUAUAUUUCUUUAGUAGUUUUGCGAUUAACGUUAACUCGUAAGUUGAUUUAGUAUUACAUAUUUCUUUAGUAGUUUUGCGAUUAACGUUAACUCGUAAGUUGAUUUAGUAUUACUUUUUAUUGUUAUUUUUUAUUUUUGAUUUUUAUGAUAUUAACUUAACUACGGUUUUAUCGCAGAUGGCAUUCCAAAAGUUCACGCUUGGCUUACGGUGGAAUGGUUACACGGAAGAGACCGGAAAGGGUGCCACCUACGUAGGUGGCAAUUUUCAGAAGAUAAAGGUCGCUACCAGACCGCUGCUUGAAGACCUCCAUCAAAUGUGCACUAACGUUACUUGCAUGGAUGGCACGAGAAGAGUUGAUUGUAUGGUGUACCGAUAUCCAAACAGAGAAAGUGGGUCAUUGUGGAUUGCUCCGCUGGCGUGCGAUCUGGGAUUCCUCGGCGCGGAUUGCUCCGCUGGCGUGCGAUCUAGGAUCCUCGGCAUGGAUCGCUCCGCUGGCAUGCGCUGAGCCAUUGGAUCGUCCCUCAAUCCGACGAUCUUGAAGAUCGUUCCGCGUCCUCCUCAAAUCGCAUCUGUUUGGUGCGUUUUAUAUUAUGGAUUGCACCCCUCUGAUGCGUUUUACAUGUAGAUCGCAUCUGUUUGGUGCGUUUUACAUUUAAAACGCAUCUUAGGGGUGCGUUCCAAAAAAUAAGGUGCUAGUUUUGUAAUUUUUUUUAUAUGGGUGCUAUUUUUGUAAUUUUUUUUAAAGGUGCUAUUAUUGGAAAAAUCCCAUUAAUUUAAGGCAAGAAAUCACUCGCAUAGCCACAAGUUUGAUGUAUGUGACACUUGUAGCCAGAUUGAAAAAAACAAUCGUGUAACCAUAUUUGAAAUUUCGUUUGACAAAUAUAGGCAUUCUGUAACACCAUUAGUAAUGCUGACUGGACUAAUGAUUUAUGCUGACGUGCCAUUUUUUCUCUUAACUAUGUCACCUGUCAGCCACGUCAUAUCUGUUAAUACAUUCAUACAGCCAAAACUUUGAUAUUAAUGACUAAUAUAGCCACUUUUUCAAAAUUCAAAAUUCCACCCUGAAUCUCAUCUCCGUCUUAACCUAAUUCAUUGGCAUCGUUUCCCCAUCUAUGUACUCCUAUUACUUUUGAAGCUUCGGUGUAGUUGUAUUCCUUAAAUUUUGUUUAAUACACUCCAACGAGCCUUUAAAAUCUCUAAAAUAUCUCAAUUUGAUCUCUUCGUUUUUCGGUUCCAACCUCUAUUUCUGGUUUGAUUCUUCAUUGAACAAAGGCAAUUCCCUCUUCGAUUAAGAGUGAAGUCUUAUUGCUCUUCGUCUCUCCAAACCGGAGUCCACCCGAAAUUGGCUCGCUAAAGACGUAAGCAGUAUGACACAUAUCUGCUCUGAAUCAUCAGUAGCGCGUUUCUCGGCGAUGAAGAAAUAGGAUGCUCGAAGAGCGAGUAUUUGAUAGCGUCACCGGUGAAAUUGGUCAUUUAGGGGGUAAGGUACGAAUGAAUUUGGUUAAGAGGACGAUGAGAUUUUGGUGUGGGAAGGAGGGAUUUCAAGAAGUGGGAUUUUUAAUUUUGAAAAAAUGGCUAUAUUAGUCACUAGUAUCAAAGUUUUGGCUAUACAAAUGUAUUGACAAAUAUGACAUGGCUGACAGGUGGCAAAGUAAAAAAGAUUGCGACAUAAGCAUAAAUCGUUAGUCUAGUCAGCAUCACUAACGACGUGUGACAGAAUGGCUAUAAUUGUCAAACAAAACCCAAAAUCUGGCUAUACGUGUGUAAUUUUUGAAAUUAGACUAUAAGUGUCACAAAUGUCAAUGUUGUGGCUAUGCAGGUGUAUUUUGUCUUAAUUUAAUGGGUUCCAUUUGUUGGGUAUGGAUUGGAGAGAGUUCUAAAGAUUGUUGGAAGGGGCAAAAAUCUGCCCCUCUCCCCCAUUCCUUCUCAUCUCCCAUUUCAUCUUCCUUUCAUUUCUUCUUUCUUUCUAUCCAAACCGCCACCACCAUCUCCGUAUGUCCACAAUCAUUUAUCAUCAUUCAAGAGUGAAAUCCAAGAGAGGUAAUGCAAGAAUGGAAGCUAGGAAACAAGAGAGUCGAGAAAAAGGGGUAAGACUCAUCCUCCUCCUUCCUCCUCUAGUUGGAGAAAUCUGAACGGGAAAACAGAAAUUGAUGAUUGAAAGAGAACAGGAAGCUAGAGCUCUAUAAAUAUUGUUUACUACAUAGAGUAAACAUGUUAGUAAUCAAAGAAAGAAGGUUUGACGUUAUUAGAGGAAAUUUUGGUUCUAUGGUUGUUUUGAGAAGGUUAUGAUUGAGGUGGGAUUCAAAUAGGAAAAUGGAUACAUUUUGGAAAUUGUUAUUCUUAAAUAUGCUCCUUAUGAUAUGAGGUAUAUAUGUACAAAAUAUGGCAAUUUUUAGAGUCAUUUGAUGUGCAAUUAAAUUGAAAUCCGUAGGUAUAAAAUAGGUCAUUUGUG